UUGUGUGAUAAAUGGUGUAAAUUGGCAGUGGCAUACUAUAAAGGACAAGAUAUAGCGACGCCUGAGGUUGCCCACUUCGGUUCGACGCAACGUGGAAAACCACUGCUCGUGAUUGGAGGCUAUUCGUUUAUUCGGAACGGCGAGUUUAUUGAUUCCAUCAAUUGGCGAUGUUCGCUUCACCGAACGCUUAAAUGCAAAGCUAAGGCCAUCACGAUUAAGCGAGAUGGGCAGAAGAGUGUACGCUUGUCGUAUCCGGAACACAAUCAUGCCCCAAACGCUAAGUUUACCGAUUGUACUGCAAUGAAAAGGAUAAACUGGCAUACCUCAAUAGGUCUAGGUCUAUUAGAAGAUGAAAUAAGAAAGGAACUCAAUGAUAAUCUUGAAUGAAAGAAUUCAAUGAUGAUAGAUUGCUUGGCAGCAACAUCCAUUUUGGGAGAAGCCAGAAUUGAGAAUUUUUUUUAGAAGAGUAUGCCAUCUAGAGUUGUAUGCCAUAAAGGAAAAUGACUGGCAGAUCCCAAGUUUAUAUUCGAAGCUUUGAUACGCUUCCGAUUUUCGAUUCUGCUGUAGCGCAACGUGAGCUGAACGUAGGUGAAUACAU